AUGGUAAAACGGGCUACUUUUUUGGGCCCGGCCCGCGGGCUAGCGAGCUGGCGGGCUGGCCCGCCAGUUUUUUCUGAUCUGUAUACUUUUUGGCCCAAUCAGUCAGAUUUUAAUUUUGAAUUUUUUCACAUCUAUGUUUUGCGUGGAUCUGUGGCACUCGACCUUUCACCUCCGAGGAAAAUCAAGAAGAAUGUUGCAAGACCUGGUUUUUCUGAUUCUCAGCGCCAUUCACCUCAAGAUCUAUCUCCUCCUCGACGCAGUCGUCAUGAUUCUCCUUCUCAAGAUGCUUUACAUGGAUCUGAAGUGUCAGACCUUUCACCCCCAAGGAAAAUUCAGAAGAAUGUUGGAAGACAGGGUUCAUCUAGUAUUUCAGUUAAAGUUGGUUCACAUUCAUCUUUGGAUCUUGAACUAGCUCCACCAAGGAGAAAUACUCAGGAAUCAUCAAAUCCAGCUAGUAAAACAGGUCUAAUUUCUGGUAAGGAUAUCAGUGACGAGAUCGAGAAAAAGAAGAGGGAUGAUAUGUUGAGAUUUAACCAGAUGGACCCUUCCAUAAGUGGACGGGGUGCUGAACCUGUAUAUCGUGAUAAAAUAAGAGGAGUACGCAUUUCAAAGGAGGAAUACUUGAAAUCAAAACAGAAAGUAGAAGAAAAACCCAAGGAGAUAGAAAUAGAAUGGGGCAAAGGCUUAGCUCAAAAGCGUGAAGCUGAGGCUAGGCUGAAGGAACUAGAACUUGAAAAGGAGAAGCCUUUUGCACGGACCAGAGAUGAUCCUGAACUAGACAAAAUGUUUAAGGAGAGAUUAAGGUGGGGUGAUCCCAUGGCACAUCUAGUAAAGAAAAAAUAUCCAGAGCCUGUUCUUCCAAACUUGGGGGAGAAUGAGAAGAUGAAAGAAUCAGGCUUUGUAGUCCCACAGGAUAUUCCAAAUCACAACUGGUUAAAAAGAGGUUUAGACGCCGCACCAAAUCGGUAUGGAAUAAGACCCGGACGACAUUGGGAUGGUGUUGAUCGCAGUAAUGGGUUCGAGAAGGAUAUGUUUAAGAGAACAAAUGAGAGACAAGCUAGAGAUAGAGAAGCUUAUCUUUGGUCCGUCUCUGAUAUGUGAAAAGUGGCAGUACAAUUACACAAGAGUAUUAAGGAAUGUGAUGUUGACAUGUCCAUAGAAAAAUUAUUGAAAAGAUGUAUCUAUCUUAGAAAAUCUCCAUUUGGUUUGAUCAGCAUUGUGAUAUUUUCGAGUUUUUAAGAGGUUAUCACAUUGUUGUUCCAUGUAAUUUAGAUCAUUUUUCACUACUGUAGUUUGAAGAUGACUGUCUUUCUCGAGUUUCCUUCGAACUUUCGGGGAUCAGUGUUGUUAAUUAAAGCUAAAAUUGAUUUUUA